GUAGGAGGAAUGGUUUUCUCUCAGUGUGUGCAACGAGAUGACUGUGACAAUUCGUUAAACUCCCGCCAUCCCCCACCCCCAAAGGAAAACUAAAUUAAAUUAAACAUCAUGUAGUAUUUGUUUGUAUUUCGAAUUUCCUUCUGCACAUGUUGCCUCGGUGUCCCAGUCAUGAUCUGAUAUCAGUUGAGUUCUAGCAUUCGGACAGAUAAGAACAGGAUGUCCGUGUAAAGUAGGUCAAUCACGGACAUCGUAGCUUGGUUCGAGAGGUGACAUUUUUGCUUGUAGUUGGUGUUCUUUUUCAUUCACGUUCAGUUCAGUGCCAACUCCUCUGGACACCAGACAUCGAAGGCGCUUACAAUUCACUGUGUUUACUUACCUAAGUAUAAAUUAAUAAACGAACUUUCAGUUUCAUCGCAAAUUUUCAACUGUCAAAGAGCUUCAUCUUUUAUUUUUCUUGUAAGACAUUUCAUUUUGAAAGUACAGCAUAACCAAGCCUCUAAAAUGAGUGAAGAAAUCAAGACCCUGAGUGAUAAACAACUUUUUUGGAAAACCCUUUUUGAAACCAAAAAAUUGGCUGCCCAGCUGAGCUCCAUGGUGACGAGUCACGUUAAUGGCGUCACCUACGAUGACUUGCCCCAGUAUGGAAACGUACACGUCGUGGCUCAAUCUGGCUCAAAUUUAGGUGACAAUUUCCAAAGCGACACAUUCAUUGUGUCUGCACGGCUGUUGCAAGGCAAAAACGAAGAGCCAGUCAACAUCUUGAGCACUUUCAUUAAGGUACUGCCAUCGAAUUCCUUUCUGCGCCAAGCUGUGGACGAGUCUCGUGUCCAUCAACGCGAGAUCAACAUGUACCAACAUUUUUUCGCUCUCCUGCGAGAGAUGCAUGCCGACCAACCGAUUCCCUUGGACAUCCCAGAUUGUUACUACACCCAUCUGGAGGAAGUUGUCAAGGGUGAGACGGACGGAUCGAAUACUUGCAUCGUACUUGAAGACUUGAAAACAGAGAAUUAUCGCAUGGUGAAUAUAACAGGAGGACUUGAUUAUCGUCAUUGCCACAUGGCUCUGACAUCGCUAGCCCAUUAUCACGCUCAAACGCUAAAUGCAUUGAGAACUUGGAAAGACUCGUCUACAGGCGAACUAUCCGAAGUGCCACCUGCGGCUAAAUUUCUAUUUGAUGAAAUGUCUAUGUUUGACAUGGGUAUCACUCAUGUGCUUCAGAAUUUUGCCACUACUGUCGUCGAUUUUGCCAAACCAGUUAACCGACCCGAUUUAGUCGAAUGGUUGACGGAUCUUCAGCAACGGCUACCGGAGAUCAUGUUAGUCGACAAUUUGGAGAGCAGCGGUCCAUUGGCUUGCAUCCUUCACGGAGAUUUUUGGAACAACAACAUGCUGUUCAAAUACGCAGAGCAGACGGAUCGCCCCGAAGAUGGGACAACGAACGAAACUGCAUCCGCAAAUAUUCCCGUUUCAUUGAAAAUGCUCGAUUUUCAGCAAUCGAGGAUAGGCCAUCCACUCAGCGAUGUGCUUUACUUCAUGUACACGAGCACAAUGCCGGAGUUGAGAGAGCGACACAUGCUCGAUUUGCUUCGUCAUUAUUUCGAUGCUUUGAUGACUGAUUUGCAAUGUCUUGGCGUUUCACUUGACAACUACACGUGGGAAAAUUUUAUGGAAGACUACAAGAAAAGAUCUUUGAUGUGGAUGUUUGCUGGUGUCUUGAUGAUUACCAUGACCCAAAACAAGCAAGCCGCGUCCACUUUACAAGACAUGGAUCAAGCAGAACAACAGAAAGGUCCUAAAUCAGAUACGGAUGUGGAACCAGUGAAGGGCGAAAGUGGAUUGAGCCUCGAAAUGGAGGAAAAGAUGAAGAACAUGAUGGCGACUCAAGCAUUGCGUGCUAGUUCGGCUUUGUCGGACCGAAUCCUUAAAUUGAUCAUGGAAGUGAAGGCCUUAAAUGAUUCAUAAAUUGUUAUCAGCAGUAAUCAUCACAUCCUGUUUUAAACAUCGUAGCCGCACGAUUACUUCCCCUAUUUCACUUUUAAUAAUCUUCUACACAUGUUAAAGGCUUGACGAAAAUUUAUCGAGGAGGGAAAACAGCUACAUGAAACAUAGUAUUAGAUUGCACGUAUAUAAGAGGCUACGUCCAUAGAGAUCAUAAACUUGUCCAUUACGCAUUCAUAAAGAACUGUAUCCGGCUUACUCCCAGAAUGAUAAGAUAUGCAACGAAUCAUAGCAUGACUGAGCAAACUUCAACAAUGCAUCGCAUCUUUGAAGUACAAGGUUUUGAUUGCAUUUUGUUUGGCAGGUAUACGUGCCGAAUACAAAACAUUAACUCGU